ACCUGCACGGUUCAUAAGUGCUGUUUCUGCUUCAACAUGAAUUCCUUUCUAACAGUAGCCGUGAUUGCUGCUCUGUUCGGAGGGCUGCAGGCCAAUUCCGUAUUUACACGGUCUGGCGAAAGUUCUAUGGAAUCCAUUGAAGCAGAGAAAGUAUUAGAAAACCUCUGUGAAAAGAUAAGACUCCUUAAAGGUUUUAUUCCAUCCUGCAUCGAAACAGCCAGUUGCACGAAUGAUCCUGUUUUGAAUGGAAAACUGGAUGUGUUCAUCGGAGAGAUCGCUAACUGGUAUGAGGAGAAUUGUGAUGGACCCCCACCUGGAUCACCACCUCCAUCAACACCACCUCCACCACCUGCAAAACGGCCAGGAGGACAAAGCCCUCCACCUGGACCAACACCUCCUCCACCAACACCACCCAGCAAAAGGGAAUUGAAGUUGCAGCGACUUCUGCAAAACCUGUUAAAGUCAAUUCAAUAGAAUUACACGAAAGAAAAUCCCUGACACCUGAUUGACCCAUGGACAAUUCUUUAAUGAAAGAAUUUAUGAGCUUUUGUUUAACUGUAAACUGGUAUUCAUAAUGUUAUAUAUACUUAAUAUUAAUCCCCCCCCCCCCCCCCCCCCGAAUAUUACGAUUUGUGAUGUCACUUAUGAACGAUGUCAUAAUGCAAUAGUUGUGUUUAACUUUGACAUAGGGAGAUUGUAUCCAUUAUUUAAAUUAUGAACGUAUUUAUCUCUGAUGUUUUUCCCUUCCAAUUCUCAUAGACUUAAUAAAACAUAC